AUAAAAGAGGAGCCCUGCUGCACUGGGCAGUCUCAGCGACUCCGGUGGCCGCCUCUGCAGUGUCUCCCACAGCCCAGUUUGUAGGGACCACUGAGCAACUCUUCCAGCACCCAGCUGUAAGCCUAGGUCCUGGGAGAUGGCGGACGAGCAGGGGUGUGUCUCCCCGCUGGAGCUGUUCAACUGCAUAGCUGCCCAGGGGGAGCGCGUGAAAACCCUCAAGGCCGGGCAGGCAUUGAAGGAUGAAGUUGAUUGUGCAGUGAAGAUACUGCAAUCACUGAAAAUGAGCUACAGAGCUGCCGUUGGGGAAGACUACAAGGCCGACUGCCCUCCAGGGAGCCUGGCACCGGGUGGUGACAGUGGCCCAGGCACCACGGAGGCUGAAGAGGAUUUUGUGGACCCGUGGACAGUACAGACAAGCAGUGCAAAAGGCAUUGACUAUGACAAGCUCAUUGUUCGGUUCGGAAGCAGUAAGAUUGACAAAGAGCUGAUAAACCGAAUAGAGAAAGCCACGGGCCAGAGGCCACACCGCUUCCUGCGCAGAGGCAUCUUCUUCUCACACAGAGACAUGAACCAAGUCCUUGAUGCCUAUGAGAACAAGAAGCCGUUUUAUCUGUAUACGGGCAGGGGCCCCUCUUCCGAAGCCAUGCAUGUGGGUCACCUCAUCCCGUUCAUUUUCACAAAGUGGCUGCAGGACGUGUUUAAUGUGCCCUUGGUCAUCCAGAUGACAGACGACGAGAAGUACCUGUGGAAGGACCUGACCCUGGACCAGGCCUAUGGCUACGCCGUGGAGAAUGCCAAGGACAUCAUUGCCUGUGGCUUUGACAUCAACAAGACCUUCAUAUUCUCUGACCUCGACUACAUGGGGUCGAGCACAGGCUUCUACAAGAAUGUGGUGAAGAUUCAGAAGCACGUGACUUUCAACCAAGUGAAAGGCAUUUUUGGCUUCACGGACAGUGACAGCAUCGGGAAGAUCAGCUUUCCUGCCAUCCAGGCCGCUCCGUCCUUCAGCAACUCAUUCCCUCACAUCUUCGGGGACAAGACAGACAUCCAGUGCCUCAUCCCCUGUGCCAUCGACCAGGACCCUUACUUCAGGAUGACAAGAGACGUCGCCCCCAGGAUCGGCUACCCUAAACCAGCCCUGCUCCACUCCACCUUCUUCCCCGCCCUGCAGGGCGCCCAGACCAAAAUGAGCGCCAGCGACCCCAACUCCUCCAUCUUCCUCAUCGACACAGCCAAGCAGAUCAAGACCAAGGUCAACAAGCAUGCCUUUUCCGGAGGGAGAGACACCAUUGAGGAGCACAGGCAGUUCGGGGGCAACUGCGACGUGGACGUGUCCUUCAUGUACCUGACCUUCUUCCUCGAGGAUGAUGACAAGCUGGAGCAGAUCAGGAAGGAUUACAGCAGUGGGGCCAUGCUCACCGGGGAGCUCAAGAAGGAGCUCAUCGAGGUCCUGCAGCCCCUGAUCGCGGAGCACCAGGCCCGGCGCAAGGAGGUCACCGACGAGAUCGUCAAAGAGUUCAUGACGCCCCGGAAGCUGUCCUACGACCAUCAGUAACGCCCCCUCUGCCUGCACAUGGAAACACGUAACCCACCGCUACUCCCAGCCGAUCAAAGCACUGCCACACUUAGGCUCUGUCGCAGCGACCCUGGUCCCGGUGCCCGUCAGCCUGUGUGCCCGUCAGCACUGUUCUUCCCGUGGUGCCAUCCUUCCUGCCCCCGGUGGGCCAAACCCUGUGAGCGGCCUGGGCACCGGCGCAGGGGUGCGGUCGGACACUGGACUGGCAUGGC